AUGCCGUUUCCAGCCGGAGCCUCCGCCUCCGGCGGCGCCGCCCUUCGGGCUCAUCUCGGCCGACGUCCUUUUCACACUCAUCUGGCACCCGCCACCGUGAUGAGACCGGCCAGGUCAACGGCAGUAACGGCAGCAAGACUUCAAGGGAUAUCGGGGACAUGCCAUAGCCAAACAUUAAUACACAAAAACAACGGCAUUCUACGGGAAGCGCGGAUAUCGCCGAAACUACUCACGCUCGCAUCCAAUACCCGUCGCUUUCGAUCCACAACGACGGCGCACGAAACCUCACAUAACCACCGCAAAAGCUCCUUCAUAAGCCCACGCUACCUCCCAGUUCUCGUCAUAUUGGCCAUCGCAGGCGUGGCAUGGGAUUCGCAAUGGCUGUUCCCGUCAAGUACGUCCUCUGACCCCGCCGAAGCGACCAUCCUCUCCAACGCGAGGAAAUUCAUCCGCUUCGACGUCAUCGACAAGGAACAGGUCUCCCCGACCUCCUUCAUCCUCACCCUCAAAUCCCCCGCCCCCAAAGCACUUCCCAGCCUGUCGUCCCUCUGGGACGUGUUUGACCUGUGGUGCGUCGAGGUAAAGCAGCCGCAGAUCCAGGUCGCGCGGGAGUACACGCCGCUACCCCCGGCAGCAGGCUCGGACCCGGAUACCUUGAGGUUGUACGUUCGAGCGCUCCGCGGAGGCGAGGUGUCGACGUACCUGAGCCGGUUGUCGCCCAUGGGAGACACGGUCGAGCUGCGUGGUCCACACGGCGAGUUCGACCUCCGUUCCCGACUAGGCGCCGCCGGAGACCGCGUCGUGUUCCUCGCGGGCGGGACGGGCAUCGCGAGCGCGCUGCAGGCUGCGAAUGCUGUUUUGCCCGGCGGUUCCUCAAUGACUAUUUUCUGGGCUGUGCGGAGCCGGGAGGAGAUUCAGCGCGGUGCGCCGUCCACGCAGCAACAUGCAGCGACGGCAGCGUCAACGUCGUCAUGGAGCUGGAAUCCUUUUUCCAAACGACCUCAGGAGACUGGGUUGAAGAUCCAGGCCGAGGUUUUGUCUGCCGAGGCCGACGACGCUUCGCCCAUUAGCAGAGAGCUGAUCGCUCUCAAGGAGAAAUAUGGCGACAAGCUCGACGUCCGCGUCGUGGUUGACCAGGAGGGCACACUCAUUCGGGAACCGGACCUCGCUGCGGCUCUCGCCCAACAACAACAAGGCCCCAGGCAUCUUGGAAAUGCCCUGCCGCCCACGACGACAGACGGCUGCAAGUUUCACUCGCAGGAGGCGCAUCUCGGGAUGGUCGACGGCGCGCCGAACGCCGGAAAGCGGCUUCUGUUCAAGGACGAGGACUGUGCUUGCUCUCCCAAAGACGGUACGGCGGCGCCCGGCAAGAACGUCUUCGUCAUCUCCGGGCCCCAGGGUUUCGUGCAGGCAUACGCGGGCCCCAAGAUAUGGCGCGACGGCGGUCAAUUACAGGGUCCCGUUGGCGGGAUGCUGGGUGCCAUCCAAAGGGGUAAUCCUAACCUGUUGAAGGACUGGAUCGUCCUCAAGUUGUAG